AUGUGGUCGCUCCUCGUAUCCUUGAUCGCGCUUCCUUCGCUGGUCCUCUCAGCCCCAACUGGCGACUCUCAUCAUCAUAAAAAACCAGUAUGCAUCAUUGGCGCAGGCCCGGCCGGCUUGGCCGCCGCUGGUAGGCUGAAGGACAAGGGCAUCAGCGCUGUUGUCUUCGACCGACAAGAAAAGGUCGGUGGUAAAUGCCAGUCGUGGUAUGAUGACAAAGGCAUCUUCCACCCUCUCGGCGCUGCCUUCUUCUCCAAUGGCACCUACACCGAGACCGUUGGCAUACUAAACAAGACCGAUGUUGCCAUUGAGUCCUUUUCGCUUGCCGGCGCGCGCAGCCAGUACAUCUACAACUUUACAAGCGGCGACAUCCUGCCCUACCCUGCCUUGAGCGCGCAAUUCGCCGCCACGGUCGCUGCAGAGAUCCCGAGAUACGUUGUACUGUGGAAUGAGCGCUUCCGACCCGCCAGUGCUCUCAACUACAGGGACGGUGUCCCACACGAAUUUACCUUGUCCGGCGCAGAGUGGUUUCGCCAGAACAAUUUCACUGCGCUCCCUCUUCUGCUUGUCAAUGCCGUCGCGCUCUAUGGUUAUGGGGAUAUCAACAUUGUCCCAGCACUCUACAUCCUAAAGUACUUCACGCCUGACAUUCUCACAGCCUUUGCAGGCAUUCGCAAUGUGUACUACAUGGAUUUUCACAAGAUGUUUGCCGAGUACACCAAAAAGGAGCUCUGCGAGACGCCCAUCUACACAUCUGCCGAUGUCCGCUGUGUAGACCGAUCGGGACCCAACCCAGUCUUGACUUACACGGUACCAAAAGGAAACUUCGUUUCUUGGAACAAGCAAGAAUGCUCUUCCGUCAUCUUCGCCUUUCCCCCAAGCCUGGACAACCUGCAGCGCGUUGGCGUCGACCUGACCGAGGAAGAGCACAAUACCUUUGCCAAUGUCACGACGCACCAGUACUACUCGUCAGCCGUGGAGCUCGAGCUUCCAUUCGGCGUGUCCUACGUCGCCGCCAGCACCUCACCCAAUGUGCCUCCACCAAACGACGGCGAGCCCGUCGCCAUUCUGCGCCUAAGCCAGCAAUCCAACGUCUCAGUAGCCUGGUCCUGGGGUCCCUACGAAUUCCAGACCGAAGCAGCCGCUAAACGCCUACUCAUCGACAGCUUAUCCGCCAUCAACAAGGACCCAAGGAAUGCCACAGCCAAGCCUUCCCCUUUUACCGAAGAAGACGUCAAAGCCUUCCGCAAGUGGGACUACUUCCCCCACUUUGGCAGCGAGGCGCUUGCUGCAGGCGCUUACGAGAAAUACAACAACCUCCAAGGCUGCAAAAAGACAUACUAUGCCAGCGGUAUCAGCGGCAUGGAAAUCGUCGAGUGGGCUGUUCGUAGCGGAUACGACAUUGUCGACCGAUACUUUUAG